AUGAAAUGGAGAAAGCCUUGGGCUUCAGUGCCUUCACCAGCAAUAAGCAGGCGAGAAAGUUUGACUUUAUGGAGAUGUUCGAAAAAUCACAUACUAUUGCCAAACAGAGGAAUGAAGAAGGAAAUAGAAAACUUGAUGGCAAGUCUUCCUAUACUUAUUUUGCCUCCAGAGCAAACUGCCCACUCAGAAGUUCAAAGCCAAUCAGAACAAGCAGAGAAGAAUGGUUUAGAAUCAGAUCACGAUGAUGAUGACACCGUUGUUCCUACAACGUCCGAUCAACCCGAGGAUCCUUAUUUUAUACCUAUGGCCGAACACUUGCUCUUGAACCAUGGCCCCAAACCUCUUACUGCAGUUGCUCUGGAUCCUUCAGGAUCUCGGGUUGCUACGGGAGGCUUUGAUUUUGACGUUAAGUUAUGGGAUUUUUCUGGAAUGGACAAAAGCUGCCGAGCCUUCAAGAUUUUUCAACCCAGCGAAGACCAACAAGUAAAACAUAUUGAAUUUAGCCCCACUGGUGAUAAUAUACUAAUUAUAUCGGGGAGUCCUCAGGCCAAAAUAUUUACACGUGAUGCGGAGCCUUACUGUGAGACGAUUCGAGGCUACCAGUAUAUCACGGAUCCAGCCAGCGCUAAGGGUCACACUCAUGCCCUCAAUGGAGGCACUUGGCAUCCAAUUGAUAGUCGGAAAUUCCUUACCUGGUCACAGGAUACCACCCUUCGGGUCUGGGAAAUCGAUACAGCUGAACAGAUUCUUGAUGACACGCGAAUCCCCUCCCAUUCAGCCAUCCUCAAACCUCGCAAUAAGCAGGGUCGCAAGACAACCCCCACCGCCGGUGCUUAUUCUAAGGAUGGAUUUCUGGUGGCAGCAGGGUGUGAGGAUGGUUCGCUGCAAGUGUGGGAUACCCGGAGACCUCUAGUUAACACUUCUCACCUCUACCGCACAGCACACCCUGUAGGAACUUACACUACGUGUCUAUGCUUCUCCUGGGAUGGCCAUGUGAUUGCCUCUCGUGCUAUGGACGAUACGGUGCGAUUGUGGGAUUUACGUGCUCUUUCCAAGGGAGCCGUCUAUACGGUGCGUGAUUUGCCAGUGUUAUUUGAGCAGACGGAGGUCUGUUUCAGUCCUAACGACACCAUGGUGGCGGCUGCUGUCUCUGCUAAGCGUGGAGAUCCUUCCAGUGGAGAGGUUGUUAUCUUCCGCAAGGAUACGUUCGAGCCAAUUCAUCACCACAAACCAGGCAGUGGAAGUGCGAUUCGCGUGGCUUGGCAUCCACGCAUCCGUCAGAUCGUCACGACUUUCUCCAACGGUACCGCCACGGUCCACUUCGACCCUGCUCACAGCCGUAACGGUGCCCUAAUGUGUGCCUACCGUCAGGCCUCUGAAGCUAGUCGGCGUCGUCGUCAGGGCUACGGUUGCUCUUCGGAUGCCUUCAUCAAACCCACCCUCCUCACCUUUGACGAGGACUCGGUGCGCGUGGCACGGAAGAUGCGUCGACGCUUCGGGAAUCUGGAGGAUGAGAACCAACUCGCUGUGGCUGCUGCGAUCGCGGCUUACGAGAAGGACCUUGUGGCCGCGAACGAGGCGGCGCGUAAGGCUGCUCGUAAGCGCGUACCCAACGCCGGGGAGGAUGUUGGUCAGCGUGUGGGGAGUCUACACAAGUACAUGGUGCAACAGAUUGUCCUGCGCAAGAACGAAGCUGAUGAACGGGCAGAGAAAGACAUCCGAGGAGCUAUUUUGCGUCAUGCGGAGGCAGCAAAGAAGGAUCCAUUCUGGACGAAGGCCUAUCUCAAGACACAGCCAAAUCCUAUCUUCCAAAAAGACGAGGCGAGUUCACCCAAACGGCCGAAGCCUUCGUAG